AAAAGUCAAAUAUCUGCCCAGAGACAGAGACUGACGUGUUGAGAUAAGCCUCACCUCGGAAUAGAACUGCUCUUUCUCUCUGUGUGCUGCUAAAAGUUGACACAGCGGGUGUGUGAGGUAACGUUGACAAAGGUAACAGAUACUAGGUUAGAUGUGUGGCCUUUGACCUGCCAACCUGUAUUCUAGAGUUCUUUGACAUAGAUAAAGAGCGUGGACUGAGCGGUGUAGCAUCGAGGAGAUAGGAGAGGAGCGUUUGCCUGGCUAGGAGUGACAUACAUGGGACACGUCUUUCUGAGAGAUAAGAUUCAAAGGCGAUUGAUAACAGAUCAUUUGAAUUAGAGAGUUUGCGGGAGAUUCAAAGAGAUCGGAAAGAGGACAUCUAAAAGUCAAAGCACUCAGUUCAGUGGAGGUAUUUUCAGGGACUCUUUAGACACAUGUUUAUAACCGGUUGGAAUCGGUUACACUGUGAGUUUUAAGACCUAAUUGUGCUGCCAGUGCCGUAAAUAUUUUACUGAAACUAAUCAACAUUGGCGUGAACAUAAGACUUUAAAAAGUUGCUCCAGAUAAAUCGUUCAAUGACGAUCAUAACCUGUUCCUUUGGACUACCUUCUUGCUGUUGAUAACAGAACGUUGAGAAGAAAAGUUGUUUUUUACCCCAAGCUGUGUUGCUGUGAUCAGACUGUGCGAAGAUGGCGGAGUCCUUUGGUGGUACCAACCUUCACAUCGGAGACAUUUGCGUCAUCGUAGCCUACUUCGCCUUUGUUCUCUUCGUGGGAUUAUGGACAUCCAGGCAGAACAGAGGAAGUGCUGGUGGCUAUUUCCUAGCUGGCAGAAAUAUGAACUGGAUUCCAGUUGGUGCUUCUCUUUUCGCCAGUAACAUCGGCAGCUUACACUUUGUGGGUCUGGCAGGGUCUGGGGCCGCCUCUGGGAUUGCUAUAGGAAUCUACGAGCUGACCUCUAUUCUGGCGCCAUUUUCAUCGAGCAGUCUCUGAACUGGGACAUAUACGGUGCCAUCUCACUUCUUCUGGGUGUUGCCGCCGUGUUCACUGUAUCAGGCGGGCUCACUGCCGUGAUUUGGACUGACUUUAUACAGACCAUCAUCAUGCUGGUCGGCGCUUUUGUUCUUAUGAUCAUUAGUUUUCAAGAAGUCGGUGGAUUCAAUGCGAUGGUGGAGAAAUUUCCCCAAGCUAUUUCAAAUUCGACUUUAUACGGCAACGACACGUGUGGCAUACCCCGAGGUGACUACAUGAACUUGUUCCGUGAUGCUUCCAGCGGAGAUCUUCCCUGGCCAGGAAUUGCUGGACUAAUGAUCAACUCUGUCUGGUAUUGGUGUUCGGACCAGGUGAUUGUUCAAAGAGCCCUUGCGGCGCGCUCCUACACCCAUGCCAAGGCUGGGACGUUGCUCUGUGGAUUCAUCAAGUUAUUGCCCAUGUUCCUGCUUGUCUUUCCUGGGAUGAUCGCCAGGAUUCUUUUCACUGAGACUGUCGGUUGUUCUGACCCGGACACCUGCAUGGAGGUGUGCGGCAGUAGCACGGGCUGCUCUAACAUCGCCUACCCGACCCUGGUCCUGAAUCUGCUGCCCGCCGGCGCCCGAGGGAUGAUGAUAGCGGUCAUGUUGGCGGCUCUCAUGUCCUCCCUCACCUCUAUCUUCAACAGCAGCAGCACCAUCUUCGCCAUGGAUGUGUGGAUUCAUAUCCGAAAGAAGGCAUCGGAGCUGGAGAUAAUGAUCGUUGGCAGAGUGUUCGUGAUUGUCCUGGUUGUCAUCAGCAUUGUCUGGAUCCCCGUCAUCAAGGCCAGUCAGGGGAGUCAACUCUUUGUCUAUAUUCAGGAAAUUUCCAGCUUUCUGCAGCCUCCUCUUUGUGCUGUGUUUGUGCUGGGACUUUUCUGGCCUCGGUUGAACGAAAAGGGUGCUUUCUCAGCACUUGUGGUGGGCUUCAUCACUGGCAUCAUCAGGUUCGCAAUCCAGUACUCCUACCAGAGUCCUCCUUGCGGAAGCGAAGAGCCUGACCCGACGCCUGCCAUUGUCAAAGAUUUCCACUAUUUGUACUUCGCCAUCUUCCUAUGGGCCCUCACCACGGUGGUAGCUGUUGUUGCUACGCUGCUUACUAAGCCGGUGGAUGAAAGAUGUAUCCAACGUUUGACGUGGCCCACUCGCCACAGCAAAGAGCCGAGGCUAGAUAUCGAUAAAUGGCUAGCGGGCCGGUCAGAUCGCAAGCUGAAUGUCCGGACAAAUGGCACUCGUGAUGACAGUGAGCUGAAGGAGAUGAAGUCAAAUCUUCGGUUCCUCGCCGUGCACUCAACUGGAUAUGUGGCAUAGACGAUGCAAAUAAAAACCAGCUCUCCGAACAUCAGAUCGAAUUCCAGGACAUGCUCUCUAUAGAGGAAACUCCUGGUCUUCAGCGACUGACAGCACUUAUGGCAGCUUUACUGGCUGUCUUGACAGCUUUUGUUUGCGGCUUCUUUGCCUAACUCUUUCUGUACCAAGCGUCGUUACACCGGUGCCCUUCUUUUACCGCUUUUGACCUCAUCCUGAUAAUUCGUUGUUUGAAAAGGGUUAACAUUGACUUUUGCCAGUUUGUCUAAUCUUUUCGGAUUUUCUUUUAAAGAAUUUAACGAAUGUUCCAAUACCUCCAACUAGUCAUUUGUUUUAGCGCUUGAAGCAUGUCAGCAGUACGGGUUAUAGUGUGGAAUCUGUCCCGCUUUUUAAAGCUUUUCUCAUGUUUUAUAUAAUCACACUGGUCAUUUCAUACGAUGUGCAAAAUAAAAUAAGAGAUAAGAUAAGAUAAGAUAGUACUUUAUUA